AUCAGCUGUGUCCAAUCACAGCUGAUCACUGAUCAUCAGGGCACUGAUGAUCAGUGUGGCCCCAGAAGUGCCACGUGCCAGUGCCCAUCAGUGCCACAUCAAUGCCACAUAUCAGUGCCUAGCAAUGCACAUCAAUGCCACAUCAGUGCCCAUCUGAGCUGCCUUUCAAUAUCACCCAUCAGUGCCAGUCAGUGCCACCUAUCAAUGCCAAUCAGUGCCACCUAUCAGUGCUGCCAGUCAGUGCCGCCUAACAGUGCCAGUCAGUGCUGCCUAUCAGUGGGAUUCAUCAGU